AUGGGGAGCGGCGCCGCCGGGGGCGCGGCGGGCGGCGGGGGCGCGCGCGAGGGCGCGCGGGUGGCGGCUCUGUGCCUGCUGUGGUACGCGCUGAGCGCGGGCGGCAACGUGGUCAACAAGGUGAUCCUGAGCGCCUUCCCGUUCCCCGUGACCGUGUCGCUGUGCCACAUCCUGGCGCUGUGCGCGGGGCUCCCGCCGCUGCUGCGCGCCUGGCGCGUGCCGCCCGCGCCGCCCGAGUCGAGCCCCGCGCCCGGCCCGCAUCCGCAUCCGCCUCCCGGCCCGCUGCUGCCGCCGCGCUUCUACCCGCGCUAUGUGCUGCCGCUCGCCUUCGGCAAGUACUUCGCGUCGGUGUCGGCGCACGUCAGCAUCUGGAAGGUGCCAGUGUCCUACGCGCACACCGUCAAGGCCACCAUGCCCAUCUGGGUGGUCCUCCUGUCCCGGAUCAUCAUGAAGGAAAAGCAGAGCACCAAGGUGUACCUGUCGCUCAUCCCCAUCAUCAGCGGCGUCCUGCUGGCCACCGUCACCGAGCUGUCCUUCGACGUGUGGGGGCUGGUCAGCGCCCUGGCGGCUACGCUGUGCUUCUCGCUGCAGAACAUCUUCUCCAAGAAGGUGCUGAGAGACUCCCGCAUCCACCAUCUCCGGCUGCUCAACAUCCUGGGGUGCCACGCUGUCUUCUUCAUGAUCCCCACGUGGGUGCUGGUGGACCUCUCAGCGUUCCUUGUCAGCAGCGACCUGACCUCCGUGUCCCAGUGGCCCUGGACGCUCCUGCUCCUGGCUGUCAGUGGCUUCUGCAACUUCGCGCAGAAUGUCAUCGCCUUCACCAUCCUCAACCUCAUCAGCCCACUCAGCUACUCAGUCGCCAACGCCACCAAGAGGAUCAUGGUCAUCACCGUGUCCCUGGUCAUGCUGCGCAACCCGGUCACCAGCACCAACGUGCUGGGCAUGCUGACUGCCAUCUUAGGUGUCUUCCUGUACAACAAGACUAAGUACGACGCAAACCAGCAGGCCAGGAAGCACCUGCUACCUGUGUCCGAGGCAGACCUGGGUGGCAGGGAGCGGCCCCACAACGGCGUCCUCUGCCCUCCGCACGGGGACCUGCAGUAUGGCCGAGGCAGCGUCCUCAUGGAUCACUUUCAGUACAGCCGGCCCGGCCAGCCUCACUCCUACGCCUUGAACCGCUAUGACGUGUAGCGCCCAGGGACUGGGCAGCCGGCCCGUGCCCCAGCGGAAUCAGACACUCCUGACUCCAGCGGUGGCCAAGGGGCGGGGUGUGGCGUGCCUACAGGGGCCGGGACAGGGUCCUCACCCGAGUGGAAGUCCCUUCCCUGCACUGCUCCAGCUUCUUGCCAUGGCGGGCAGCACUCGGGACAGGGGAGGCUGGCUCAAUAUGGAUGCUGGCUGCCUGGGACGGCUGAGGGGGCCCAGCAGGGGCAGACUGCAGUGCAGCUGGGGUAACAGACAGGCUGCUCCGGUUCCACACUCACAGUCAGAGCCACAGGAGCAGCAGGUGGAGAUGGGGCCUCGGCUCUGGCUGACGAGACCAGGGUUUGCGGGGAGCCUGGAUGGAGAGUGGGUGUGGCCAGGGACAGGGCGGGAGGCGCGGUCCUGGUUCAGCCUUCUCACCCUUUGCGGAGCAGGCCAUUCCCGGGCCAGCACAUCUCCCUCCAGGCCGACUGUGUGUUGUCUCCGGGUGAGGACCUGCAGGCCACGCAGCGGGGCCACUCAGUCCCUGGCGGAUCCUGAGAGGGGCCUGCAGUCGUGUGGAUGUCCACCUCUGCCUGCACCAGGAGAGCAGGCCUGGCUCUUGGAUUGGAAACUGCUUUGUUUCUGAACGGUGAGAAAGCCCCUCCAGGCGAGGCCCCCGAGGACAUGGGACGGGCAGGGAGCAGCGGCCUUGAGGUCGCUUCUGGGCGCGGCUGAGGAGAGCCCAGAGCAGGAUCAUCGGCAAGCCCGGCUCCCCCUCGCCGAUUCUGUGCUGUGUGCCAUGUCACGCCUGAUCGCAUCCUGCUCCGACGAAGGGGGCACCGCGCCGAGGCCCCGCGCGUCCCAGCUGCCAGGAGGCUGAGGCGGCCGUCACCUAGGCACGGUCAAGGACCCCACCUCCAGACUCACCCAGAGAGCUGCAGGACCUCGCCUGGCAUGCACCGGCCGGGUGGAGGCGCAUCCUUCCUGGCACCACGAAGGGGCUGGCCCUGUGCGGGGGCCCUGGCUUGGCUGUGUCCUUCCCUUGGCCAUGUGGGACAGUGCUUCUGGCAAGUGUGGUGGUUUCCGGUGAGACGUGUGGCUGACAGUCGGCUCCUGCGUUUCGUGCAGUUUUCUUGCUUCUGGUGAUCGGGCCUUUUGGACUUCAGAAGUCUUAUCAGCUCAUGCACGGACUGCUCUCCUGCUUGUCCAGAGCAGCCGUGUCUCUGGCUGCAGUCUGUGUGCUUUAGAAAUAGUUUGGCCUGUGCUUCAGAGACAACUGCUGUGCAAAAUGGGAAGCAGCAAGGUGGAUGAGCGGUUUACAGGAAGAUCCAGCUGAAGCCGGGUACGGUGGCCCAGCCUGUCAUCCCAGCCCUGGGGCUGAGGCAGGAGGAUCCACGUGAGGCCAGCUGGGGCCACAUAGUGAGUUUAAGCAAGUCUGAACUACAUAGUGAGACUCUGUCUCAAAAAACCAAAAAAAAACCACCAGAGGACCUCAAAAGCCUGCACCAGGGCUGUGGUUUUCUCCCCCAAAAAAACCACCAGAGGACCUCAAAAGCCUGCACCAGGGCUGUGGUUUUCUCCCCAGGAGUCCACCCCACUGGGCCCCUGAGCUGCUGACGUCGCUGAAAUUUGUGUAUUAAUGUAUUUUUUCCUUUUCCAACGAGAGAUUUGCUGCUGCAGAGAAAGUAUGGUUUUAUCAUGGUUUUAAAGCAAUGAACGGGUAUGAAUUCUGUACAUGAGCCCACAGCAAGUGCGUGCACUGGAUGGCGCGACAGUGGCCAGACCCAGCGAGCAUCCGAUGAAGGCACCGCGUGGGAGACAGGCGGUGCCUGUGCCUGCUAGGGUCUGAGAGCUGAUUCACUCCCUGUGCACCGGGGGAGUGGUCCAGCUGGGACCCCACUCCCUGGCAUUUCCUGCAGCAGGGGUAAGCUGAGGCUCGGGCGUUUCUAAGGUGUCCAUUCCCAGCCUUUAAGCACCUUAUCUGCAGUCGCUCGUGCAGCCUUCAGCGUCCACGUUGGUGGGGACACUCCCUCAGUUGUCACCUGUCUGCAGACCCAGGUGCACAGUUCUAGGAGAGUGUGCGUUUGCAGACGGUGUCCACCGCAAUAAGCGCCCCCACCAGGCAGCGUGCUGGUCCUGGCGACCCAUGCAAGGCACAAGCCGCACGCCAUACCUGCCUGUGCUCGACCUGGCUAUGCCACGGCCCUUUGUUCUCUUCUGGGCCAAAUCUUAGGAUCGACUGACUUGUGAAUUAAUGAAUUGAUGGAAUAAAAAUGGAAUCAUGAGCAA